UCAAUUUGAAUUUAGCUCUACUUUUCUUCAAUCAACAAACAAACAAGCCCUUAUUUCUUUCUUCCAUUUUCUCUCUCCUCUCAUUUAUGGCUUUUUCCCCUUUUUGUCAAUUUCUUUCAUUUUCUGAAAGAUAUUCCUCAAUUUUCAAAUGAUGAUUCAAACUUCAUUAACAAUCACAGUCCACCUUUUUAGGUUUUGAUUUUUUUUUUAUUUUAUAAUAUCAGUGUUUAUUUGUUGAUUGUUUGAAGCUUUUAAGUUGAAUUAAAGAUUUUUGAAGCUCGAAACCCUAAUUUGAUUUAAAGGGAAAAGGAUGAAUGUUGUUGGAAGACAAAUGCAAAGGUCUUCACGUGAUAAUAGUAGUAAUAAUAGUUUCAUUGAAGUUCCUUCUAAGUGGCUGCAAUCAGCUAAUCAACCUCAGGAUUAUGGGUUUUAUGGAGGUGAAGGAGGAUCAAAAUGGAAUAGGAAUUUACAGAGGAGUUUGAAUUCAGGGAAUGAUUUUCCAUUGGAUCCACCUUCACCGUUGAAUUCGUCUCGAGCUUUGAGGAAAACUGGUGACGAUGGCAUUGUGCAGAAUGAAUAUAGCCCUGGAUUGCUUGAUCUUCAUUCAUUUGACACUGAUCUUAUUUCUGAGAUCCCUACUCAUAACCUGUAUGAUGGAUCCUCACUUAACCCUGCCCAUGGUAAGAGCCUUGAAGAAUCAGAUGUAUAUCUUGCUGCCAAUAAAAACAGGGCAAAUUCUGUUGCGAAAAUCAAAGUGGUGGUACGAAAAAGACCUCUGAACAAAAAGGAGAUGGCAAAGAAAGAGGAUGACAUUAUAACCAUAGAGCCAAAUUCCAAUGCUCUAACUGUCCAUGAGACAAAACUUAAGGUCGAUCUUACAGAAUAUGUGGAAAAACAUGAAUUUGUCUUUGAUGCUGUCCUUCCUGAACAUGUCUCGAAUGACGAGGUGUAUGCUGAGACAGUCGAGCCUGUUGUCCCAUUGAUUUUCCAAAAGACAAAAGCAACAUGUUUUGCAUAUGGUCAAACAGGCAACGGAAAGACUUACACAAUGCAGCCUUUACCCCUGAGAGCAUCCCAAGAUAUCUUGAGAUUAAUACACAGAACUUACAGAAACCAAGGGUUUCAAUUGUUUGUCAGUUUCUUUGAGAUAUAUGGAGGGAAACUUUUUGAUCUUCUUAGUGACCGCAAGAGCUUAUGCAUGAGGGAGGAUGGCAAAAAGCAGGUCUGCAUUGUUGGUUUGCAAGAAUACAAAGUGUAUGAUGCUGAAACUAUCAGGGAUCUGAUUGAGAAAGGGAAUGCUACAAGAAGCACUGGUACGACUGGUGCAAAUGAAGAGUCAUCAAGAUCACAUGCUAUUCUUCAGCUGGCCAUUAAGAGAUCAGCUGAUGGUAGUGAAUCAAAGCCUCCUAGAGUUGUUGGCAAGCUCUCUUUCAUAGAUCUUGCGGGUAGUGAACGCGGUGCAGAUACUACAGAUAAUGAUAAACAGACUAGAAUGGAAGGUGCUGAAAUUAACAAGAGUCUCCUUGCGUUAAAAGAAUGUAUACGAGCUCUUGACAAUGAUCAGAAUCAUAUUCCUUUUAGAGGAAGUAAGCUUACAGAAGUUCUUCGGGAUUCUUUCGUCGGAAACUCACGGACAAUUAUGAUAUCUUGCGUAUCUCCAAACGCAGGGUCCUGUGAACACACUCUAAACACACUCAGAUAUGCGGACAGAGUCAAAAGUCUGUCUAAGGGAAACACCUCAAAAAGGGAUAUUACGUCGUCAACUACAUCUAAAGACUCAAAUUCACAACCCUUCAGUUCUGGGCCAGGACAACAAUUAAACGUUGAAGAGAUCACAACUGACAGUUUAAACGGGAGCAGUAGGUUUGGGUGGUCCAGAGAACUUGAAAGAGAAGCCUCAGCAUCCCCCAAGAUAGAGCGUGUUCCCAGUGGAAGAGCAGACAGUGCAGCUGUUUCUGGAUAUACAGAUUAUUACAGAGGACAAAAUGGAGGUCUUAUUGACAUGACUGUUGAUGAUGAUGAUACCUCUGCAGAUGUUUAUGAACAAGAGAAGCGUUAUCGGAUCAAGAAUAAGAAGCCAGAGACCUUUCAUGUGCUAGCUGCAGAGAAUAGGACGAGGAAAGAGCACACCGACUUUUAUUUGAAUAAUAUGAAUUCAGAUGAUGAUCUUAAUACGUUACUGAAGGAAGAAGAAGACUUAGUUGCUGCCCACAGAGGAUUAAUUGAAGAAACAAUGGAACUUGUGAGAGAGGAGAUGAAUCUAUUGAUGGAAGCUGAACAACCUGGGAAUCAUGUAGAUGACUACAUCUCCAAAUUGAACUCCGUUCUUUCACAGAAAGCAGCUGGAAUCCUUAAACUGCAAAGCCAGCUAGCCAGCUUCAAACGCCGUCUCAAUGACAAUAACGUUUUGGUUUCUGCCCCUAGAUAUUGAUUUCAUCAAAGAUGAUCUGCUAAGGAAUUUAAGUCACAUGUUUGAUAUUUGUGUACGGAGCGAUCUUCGUCAAAGCUGAUUUACUUACAUUUGUGGUCAUUGUGAGCUACAUUUAGAGCUGUAGCCAACGUUGGCACUAAGUGUCCUUGCUACUAGAGUCAUGGACUUGGAGCAGUCCAGGCCCUUCAAUUAUGUUAUGAGUCUGGCAGUCAUUUUUCGUUUAUGAAAGGCGUUUAACUCACUGGGUGUUGCACUGAGUAAGCCACUCUAUCAAUGUCAAAACCCUCCAAAAAAGUAAGGGACGAAAAAAAGAAGUGAGCAAGUGUGAUAUAAGAUUGUAAUACAGUCCAGAUAGACUGCUGAUUGGCAAUAUUUUUAAAAGCAUUACAGCAGUUUAAUGAUAUGUUAAUUAUUCUGGAAUACCACUCUAUAAGUGGUGCCCUCGUUUGGUAAAAAAAAACUUGUGCUGCUAAUAAUUUUUAUAUUCUAAUUUUAAUGGAAAGUUCAGUUGUCAAGGAUUCAA